UUGGAUAGAAGCUUCCCACCCAUUCACAGUCGUCUGUCACGGAACAAGACUCCUUUAUACCGAGCAGCAUUUAGACUGGAAAAGACAGCAGUUCUGUCCAUGCUGCAGGGUGGUGCGGCUCUCGGCAGCGGUUAACUGCCAGGAGAUGUUCAGAACGUCGCGUUUCACCAACAGAGCUCGGCAAGGCUUUAAAACUGAUUUGUGAGUAGCAUCUCUGUGGUGCUCCUGUUCAUCGACGCUAGGUGUGAAAAGUCAGUGUCAUGACUGGAACUGAGACUGAGGAUGAUAUUCCAUUAGGUGAAAGGAAGACUGUCACAGAUUUCUGCUACCUCCUGGACAAGUCCAAACAACUCUUCAAUGGCCUACGGGACCUUCCUCAGUAUGGACACAAGCAGUGGCAAUCCUACUUUGGACGGACUUUUGAUGUCUACACUAAACUAUGGAAAUUUCAACAGCAGCACAGACAGAUUCUGGACAGUCGGUAUGGCUUGAAGAGAUGGCAAAUUGGGGAAGUUGCAUCCAAAAUUGGACAGCUUUACUACCAUUACUACCUUCGUACCUCAGAAACAAGUUACCUGAAUGAGGCGUUUUCAUUCUACUCAGCCAUCCGUCAGCGGUCCUACUAUUUUCAGGUCAAUAAAGAGGACAGGCCAGAAUUAGUAGUGAAGAAGCUUCGAUAUUAUGCUCGCUACAUAGUUGUCUGUUUACUGCUGAACAAGAUGGACCUUGUCAAAGUUUUGGUUAAGGAGUUAUCUGAGGAAAUUGAAGAUUACACACAGCGAUUUAACACAGAAGAUCAGUUGGAGUGGAAUCUAGUUCUACAGGAAGUGGCAGCUUUUGUGGAGGCAGAUCCAGUGGUAGUACUGAAUGAUAACAACUCUGUCGUCGUCUUCAGCAAUCGGAUGCUGGAAGGAAGUACGCCUCCAUUGGAACAAGGCAUGGUAGUUGGCCAGCUCAUCCUUGCAGAUGCAUUGAUCAUCGGCAACUGUAACAACCAGGUGAAGUUCAGUGAGUUAACCAUUGAUAUGUUUCGCAUGCUACAAGCUUUGGAGAGGGAACCUGUCAAUCUAGCUACACAGACCUUCAAACAAGGAACACUGGAACCCAAUGAGAAGCCAGCUAAACGAGAAAACCCUCACAAGUAUUUGUUGUACAAGCCAACAUUCAGCCAGCUUUUUACAUUUUUGUCUGCCUCUUUUAAGGAAUUGCCUGCCAACAGUGUUCUGCUUGUUUACCUGUCAGCAACUGGAAUCUUUCCUACUGGACAUUCAGAUUAUGAAGGACCAUAUGAUUUUGGAGGAGUUCUCACAAAUACAAACCGAGAUGUGGUGAAUGGAGAGACCAUGCAGAAGAGGAAUCAGCUCCAGAAAGAAAUGCACUGCCUUCAUCCAGGGGAUUUAUUCCCUUUUACCCGGAAGCCACUUUUUGUCAUUGUGGAUUCUUCAAAUAGCACAGCCUACAAGAAUUUCACAAAUCUGUUUGGCCAGCCUCUGGUGUGCCUGCUAUCACCUAUGGUAUAUCCCAAAAGUGUACAAGAUCAAGCCUUUUUGCAAUUCUUUGGUGAUGAGUUCCUUCGACUGCUGCUGGUCCGCUUUGUCUUCUGCUCUGCUGCACUGAGACUGCAUAAACUGUUUCGGGAGUCCCGCAGCUUCCCUGAGUCAUAUCCUGAGCUGCCAAAGCAGGACACAGUUGAGAGCAGCCUUCUUCAGAAGCAUGUUUUGGAGCUGGCAGCCAUGCUGGAUGUCCAGGGUCUGUUUUGUGCUGAUUCACUGGAGACAUACUAACAUUUUCACAAAGGGCAAAAUGGCACAUAUGUACAUACAGACUCAACUGCCAGAGGCCUCAAAGUUGUCCUCUUUUUUACAGGUGCGCUAGAUUCCCCCCCUACCUUGGACUUUCAGUGGAGAGACCUGAGGUCAACCUACCCCCGAACCCCUCACCCUUUCCUACUUCUGAAUGUGAGAUCUUCUCAGCAGGCAAAAGUCUGCCUGGCUCAAAUAACUAGAACUAGAGUAUCCACUUUAACAAGGUGACCCAUACAGUGACAUCAUUGACGGGACACAUGCAGAACAGAAAACCUUUACAUAAAUUAAACCAUUUUUUUAUGUGCCCCAUGCCACCCUGGCCAGCUUCCCAUGUUGCCCAUAUCUAAAUCCACCACUGGAUCACAGACCAGAGAGAAACUUCACCUGUCCUUUUUGUGAUUUUUGAAUCCACACUGCAACAGUUCUGUGAGACUAACAAAAAUCAAUAGUUUUUCCAUUUCUCUAGAAGAGUGCUUUUGCAUCUUCUUUUUUGACAUUAACAAUUAUGCUUGUCAUGUAACAUGUAAUUUCCUGUAACAGCUACAUGUGUGUUUCAUUCACCCUGACUGUGACAUGACAAGCCUACAACCUGAAGGACAUGUUAGUCUAGUAUUUCGUUAUUUUCUUGUAUUGCUGAAAAUAAAUUUGUUGAAACUGAUCAUGUCAAUAUUCUUAAAUAUUGGCAUGCCAAAUAAGAUACUCUGCUUGCGACUGAAGCAUAGUUAUGCUGAGACAUGGCAUUAACUCAAUGGUGAAAGGUUCUUCCCAUGAUUCCCUGGGUUUUAAAAUGACCCAAAACCUACAGCAUAUCAUCAUCAUUCCUCUUUCCCCGUCAGAGGCACUAUCCCAGCUAGAACUUCAAGAGCACUAGAUCUGGAAGCAUGUGUACUUUUUUUUAUUUCAUAAUUUCUUUUCAAAUUCUCAGCUAAAGCACAAACAAAUGGUUAUUGAAGAAUA